AGGUCUGACCUCACCAUGAAGCCCCGCCCACAUGUUGCAGUUGUCCUCCAAUUAGAACGCGCUUUCUUUUUCAUUUCAUCCAAUCGGAACUCCGUUUGCUGCACGGACGUUCAGUGCGUGGAUCUCUGAUUGGUCGAGCAGCGUUCUGGUGUGACGCUAGGCUUUACGCCGACGUUGGGGGCGGAGAAGGAGGGGCGACUCUAAUGGCGCAUCGCAGUCCGACAGAUCCAGCUCUCCACAAAUAAACAACAGCAGUACUUCACGAUCUGGCCUAAUUUGUGCUUUUGCCAGUUGCACCGCGCUGCAGCCGCGUUUUGCGCUUUUGCCCAUUGAACAGAUCACCUGGGCUUCCUUUUAGCGGCUGCUCGGAGCACAGAGGCCCAGAGGAAAGACGGCGGCUCGAGAAUAUGUAACAAAUGUCAACAUGACGUCCAGAUUUAGUAAAACAUAUACGCGGAAGGGAGGAGAAGCCAGCUCGAAGUUUGACGAGGUAUUUUCCAAUAAGAAAGCUACACUUAGCACCAAAUGGGGGGAGACCACCUAUAAGGCACAGUUGGGGGUCAAACGGCCGUCGUUCAAGCCAGAGGUUCCUGAGCUGACUAAACGACCCCGUUUUGAUGAUGAUGACAGCUCAGAGGACCCGUUUGGCUUUGAUAGCGACGACGAAUCCAAAACUGUCACAGCGAGAAAUACUCCACAAUCUGAGACGGGCUCAGAUGCAGGAUCCGGGAACGAGCAGUUGAAGACCCAGGCAGAAAAGCCCAGUCAGGGCCCAGCGUUGACCGCCGGGGGUACUUCCACCUUGGGAAGCAGCCUGAACGUCCGCACCGGAUUGGUUGGUAUGAAUAGCCCAGCUACGACGACUCCAGCCUCACCUCAUGUUACUGGCACUGUAGGAGCCUGGAGCAGAUCCAGUGUCACAGUAAGCAAACCAGUCUCCCAGAUCUCCAGCUUAAAAACCCACAGUAGAAACAUCUCUGUUGAUUGGGACCCUUUCGGGGAGGAUUCGCCUCCAGGGGCCGGCGAGGGGAGUUCUACCCAGGCCGGGAACUCUUCUGAUGGGCUCAAGAGCUCAGAACAUUGCCCCGCUGAACCUGAACCUCCAGUGGAACCUGUUGACUUUGAGCAGCUUCCGCUUCUUAAACCAUCCAGCGACAGAGUGUACCGACGGCCACGGAAUAAAGGGACCGAUAGUUAUGGAACCAGCGAGGUUCCGGUUCCGGUUCCGGUUCCUGCUGUGAGUUCAACACCAGCCUCUAUGCUGGUGAAGAGCACCGCUGCAGGGGUCACUGGUAGUUCUGAAGUCAAGCCUGCGAGUCGUGGACGAGUAAGGGACUACACGGUUCUUCACCCGUCCUGUGUGUCUGUGUGUAAUGUGACCAUCCAGGACUCAAUGGAAAGGAGUGUGGAUGAAUUUGUUAGCCCAGUGCAAGCUGACAUCGGAUUGGCGGGAACCUUCAGGAGGAAAACAGACACACAACCUACCAAACCUACUAGGUUCAGAACCACUCAGAGUAAAAGUAAAAAGGAGACGAAACUGGAGUUUUUUGGCUUUGAGGAGAAUGAGGCUCAGGACGCAGAUGGAGACGCCACUGCAUCUGGCAGCACCAGCUACAAGAUCAAAUACUUUGGUUUUGACGAUCUGAGUGAAAGCGAUAGUGAGGAUGAGGAUGACUCCGCAGCUAAGGAGAGGAAGAAGAAUAAGAAAGCAGCAAUGGAAGCUUUGGCAACCAGCGUGGGCAGUCCCCAGAUCAACGACUCGCAGGAUAGUCAACAGAGUCAAAGCAGCCUAAGUACAGAUUCUCAGGAGUCGCUGGAUGAGACGGGAGCUACACAGAGGGAACAACAUGGAAAGCAAACCGACAAAUCAAAGGAGAUCGGACGCAAGAUCUUCAGCGGGCCAAAAAAAUCUCCUGCUAAAGCCGUAUAUAAUGCUCGUCACUGGAAUCAACCCGAGCCGGAGGAAGUGUCUCCUCCUGCUUCCUCUCAUACUGUGCCUGCACCUAAGGCCAGUGUGUCCAGCAGCAGCAGCAAAGAGACAAAUUCCCAUAAAGAUGAUGGAGUGUUUAAAGCACCGCCACCUCCUCCUAAAGUCAUUAAGUCUGUUACUAUCCCCACUGAGCCAUACCAGGACAUCGUCACUGCACUAAAAUGCAGGAAGGAGCACAAGGAGUUGUACACUGUGGUCCAACAUGUGAAGCACUUUAAUGACGUAGUGGAGUUUGGGGAGAAUCAGGAGUUCACGGAUGACUUUGAGUAUCUGGAGACGGGACUGAAGAGCACACAACCCCUCAACACACGCUGCCUUAGUAUAAUCAGUCUGGCCACACGCUGUGCCAUGCCGAGCUUCCGCAUGCACCUGAGGGCCAGAGGGAAGGUGGCCCAGGUCUUUAAGAUGCUCAGUGAUGCCCAACAGCACCCGAACCUAGCUCUUUGCACAGCAUCUCUGAUGUACAUACUGAGCCGAGACAGGCUAAAUAUGGAUCUGGACCGGUCCUGUCUGGAGCUGAUGAUCAGGCUGCUGGAACUAGAGCAGGAUGACUCUGUGGCAGACCAGUUAACAGCUAAAGAGAUGAGCCGAGUUAAAGAGAAGAUCCGCAAACUCUGUGAAACAGUCCACAACAAACAUCUGGAUCUACAAAACAUCACAACGGGUCACUUAGCGAUGGAGACAUUACUGUCUCUGACAUCGAAGCGAGCUGGAGACUGGUUUAAGGAGGAACUGCGCUUGCUUGGGGGACUGGACCACAUUGUAGAUAAAGUGAAAGAGUGCGUGGAGAACUUGAGUAAAGAAGAAGAUAAAGACAGUCUGGUGGCGUCACUCUGGGGAGCGGAGCGCUGUUUGCGAGUUCUGGAGAGUGUUACAGUCCAUAACCCUGAGAACCAGGCUUAUCUGAUCGCCUACAAGGAGUCCCAGCUCAUAGUGUCCUCUGCAAGUUUUUCAGCCCUGCAGCAUGCUGGGAAACACAUGGAGGACAGCAUUGUGGCGUCGUACUCAGCUCUUCUGCUUGGGUGUUUAUGUCAGGGGAGUCCGAUGAAUGUGAAAACCGUACGGGAAAACCUUCCCAAGGGAGAUUUCUCUAUCAUGACGGAAAUGCUAAAGAAAUUCCUUAAUUUCAUGAACCUGACGUGUUCUGUUGGAACCACAGGACAGAAAUCUAUCUCACGGGUGAUUGAUUAUUUGGAGCACUGUUAGCAGAGGUGUUGCAGUUCCCCCUCUUCCGUGGGAUAAAUCUGGACCUGGCAAAGUGCCUUAGGCCCUUCAGGACAAGAGGCAGCAGAUCCGGCGUAAAGGUGGUUAAGCGUCGCUACGGUCACGUCACCCGAGUGGUUCGCUGCAGAGACUUUCAUGUUUUUUUUUGUUUAGUUUUUUUUCCCCUAUCACUUUCUUUUUGCUUGUUUUUACAUUGUGUUUUCAAAUGCUGUCUCUUUCUCUCAUGCUCACACACGUACACACGCAGCUGUGUGCUUGCAUAAUAUUUGGUUUUUGAAGCACUGAUCCUCAUGUGAAACAAAAACUAAGCUGUUUUGAAACAAAAGAGUGAUUUUAAGCUAGUUGUCCUUGUUUGUAGUGUAAAGAUUUACACUAAACUUAGUAAGUUAUUGAUAUUUCAAAUUCUGAGGGCUGAGGCUUUGUUCAGACUCCACGCAAAUCCACUUUGCUUUUCAAAUCUGAGUUUUAGUACUGACUGUUUACAUACUAUGUUUGUUCAAACAAUGCAGUGAGCAUCUGCAGUAUUUGCAUUAGUAAAGAUGAUCCCAAGAGAAUUUCAUUGUAGAAACUGGAAACUUUACCUCUGCAUUUUACGCAUUCAGGAAUAUAUACUGUUUGGGGUCUGUAAGAUUUGUUUUAAUGUUUUUGAAAGUAGUCUCUUAUGCUCUCCCAGGCUGAAUUUAUUUGAUCAGAAACACAGUAAUAUUAUGAGAUAUUAUUACAAUUCAAAAUAAGUGUUUUCUAUUGGAAUACAUUUUAAAAAGUAGUUUAUUCCUGUGAUGGUGAAGCUGAAUUGUCAGCAAUCAUUACUUUAGUCUUUUUAAUUUAAUGCAUCCUUGCUGAAUAAAAAUAUUUUGUUAAAAAAAACAAAAAACAAAAAACUAUUGAACAGCAGAGUACAUGCUGUGUCCCAAAUGACAAAACCUUUUGAUUAGAUCUGAGUAGAUGAGUGAAAAAAAUACAAAUAAAAAGUUUUUGCUGCCAGUCUGAAGAAAGCCUAAGAUGCCUAAUGAACCAAAGACAAAGACCUUGCAAAUAUGAAAACAAACAAGCAUUCAUCAGAUUAAGGUGAAUUUUCCUUGUGGUUUGUAAGAACCGUGGAAUCUUGUAGUCCUACUUAGUGUUUCAGAAUUAUGAGAUGUUUUAUGAUCAAUCAUUGUUUCUUUCACAUAUACUGAAACCAAGCUAUUAUGUUUGAUUUCUUUAAAAAAAACUACACACUAAGCAAAAAGUUUUGAUGAUUUUAUCUGGAUACCUAGGGAAUAAUUGUUGGGGUUUCUGGAUUAUUUUCAUUGCUUCUUUGAUCAUCCACUGGCUUCUGUAGUUUUUAAUUCUUCUUUGUGUGAAGAAUCACCAUGUUACCUUUUGAUUAAAAAAAAAAAAAAAAGAUUAGUUUUUUUUUUUUCUUCAUUUUUAAUGUUUCUUUAAUUAGUUUUGUAGACUCUGCUGUGAGCUCCAUUUUAAUGUUUAAAAAAAGACAGCCCUUGAAAUUUUUUAAAAAUGUUUUAGUGGGUUCGUGAAUGACUCCAUCAAAAUGCUCAUCCUCUGUUAAUUUAAUUCUACUCUUAAGAUAAUGGAACAAUUGAAAUGUAUUAUUUUAUAAUUUUAUGAAUUGUUUUCUUUACCUCUUGACGUGAUUCAGGAAAAUGUUUCUUAAUGUUUUAAACAUUUUCAUCCCGUGUAUGUCUGCAGAAUGGCUGGAAGCUGCUGAAAGUUCUUAGAAAAAAACGAAACAGUGCAUCCUUCAGACUGAACUAAGCAAAAGUGUCCUCUAUUCCUUUCAGAUCUUUGCUGAAGCAGAGCCAUAUGGAGUAAAGCUUAUUUUGUAAAACUGAAGCAAGUUUUACGAUAAGCUAAUUUACAGAUCUGAUUUUUUUCUUUUAAUUGUAAAUAUUUCUGUACAUAUUUGAUGUUAGAUUGCUAGAAUACUUUCAUCAAAUUUUCUUUAUUUUAUACUUUCCCCCCUUUAUUGCAUUAUUUUAGAUAAAGUUAAAGUACAAUUACAAGAAAUAUAUAAAUAUUAUAAAUA